GCUAUUUAUUCCACCUCCCAAGAAAGAAGAAUCUUCAAACCCCUCAUCAUCAUUCAUUUCUUAAUUUUCUCUUCAUUCAUUCACCACUCUGCAUAGUGCAUACCACAACUUCCACAACAACACUGUUCCUGUUGCAGUUACUAUUAUGUGCCAACUCAGAAACAACUUCUUUUUGUACCCACUGUUAUGAUUAUAUCAUAGUACACACACAAACUCACUCCUAAUUCAACUCAAUAUUGCUGCCAUCCUCAACUCUACCUAUUCUCUCCCACCCCAGGGUUGUGAGGAUGUUAUUAGAGAAAGUGGAAGAGUUUAACAUGGACAAAUUUAUAGAAGAUUUUGAGUCAAUGACUAAAGAUACAGAAAGGGUUCAGAAGGAAACACUCAAAAGAAUUUUGGAAGAUAAUGCAUCAGCUGAAUAUUUGCAGAAUUUGGGUCUCAAUGGAAGAACUGACCCUGAAAGUUUCAAAGCUUGUGUUCCACUUGUUACACACAAAGAUUUGGAACCUUAUAUCUAUAGAAUUCUUGAUGGUGAUGCUUCUCCUAUUCUUACUGGAAAAUCCAUUACUACUAUGUCUUUAAGUUCUGGUACUACUCAGGGGAAGCCAAAAUAUAUACCAUGGAAUGAUGAAUUGUUUGAAACCACAAUGCAGAUAUAUCAGACAUCUUUUGCCUUUAGGAACAGAGAGUUUCCUAUAAAAAAUGGAAAAGCCUUAAACUUCAUAUAUGGAAGCAAACAGUCGAAAACAAGAGGUGGUCUGAUAGCAACAACAGCUACAAGUAACGUGUUUCGCAAUCCACAUUACAAACGCACAAUGAAAGCACUUCAAUCCCAAUGUUGCAGUCCAGAUGAAGUUAUAUUCGGUUCUGAUUUUUUUCAAUCAUUAUAUUGCCAUCUACUAUGUGGACUAAUUUUCCGUGAAGAAGUUCAAUUAGUAUCUUCAACAUUUGCACAUAGCAUUGUCCAUGCUUUCAGAACAUUUGAACAAGUUUGGGAAGAGCUUUGUAAUGAUAUAAAACAAGGUGUUCUUACUAGCCGAAUCACGGUUCCAUCGAUUCGAAUGGCUAUGUCGAAAAUACUGAAACCAAAUCCAGAACUAGCUAACAUUAUACACAAAAAAUGUUUAGGAUUGAGUGGUUGGUAUGGUUUGAUACCUGAGAUAUUUCCUAAUGCAAAGUAUAUUUAUGGCAUUAUGACUGGUUCUAUGGAACCAUAUUUGGAAAAGUUAAGACACUAUGCAGGGGUGUUACCUUUGUUAACUGCUGAUUAUGGUGCUUCUGAAGGGUGGAUAGCUUCAAAUGUUAAUCCAAAAGUUCCACCUGAAUUGGCUACUUAUGCUGUGCUUCCUCAAAUUGGUUACUUUGAGUUCAUUCCUCUUACACAGGGUGAUAAUCAAGAUACUUUUCUUUCUGUUGAUCCUAAGCCACUUGGACUCACUGAGGUCAAAAUUGGUCAAGAGUAUGAAAUUGUUAUGACCAAUCCUGCUGGUUUAUAUCGGUACAGAGUAGGGGAUGUGGUAAAGGUUAUGGGAUUCCAUAACUCAACUCCAGAAUUAAAGUUUAUUCGUAGGAGUAGUCUGCUACUAAAUAUCAACAUUGACAAAAACACAGAAAAAGAUUUACAAUUAGCUGUUGAAGCAGCAGGAAAAUUAUUAGCAGAAGAAAAAAUAGAAGUUGUUGAGUUUACAAGUCAUGUUGAUUUAUCAAAAGAGCCAGGAAACUAUGUAAUAUUUUGGGAAAUAAGUGGAGAAGCAAGUGAAGAAGUGCUUGGUGAAUGUUGCAAUUGUUUGGACAAAUCUUUUAUUGAUGCAGGUUACACAAGUUCUCGUAAAGUAAACAAUAUUGGUGCCUUAGAACUCCGAGUAGUUAGGAAAGGAACAUUUCAGAAGAUUCUUGAUCAUUAUCUUGGAUUAGGAACAGCUCUUAGUCAGUAUAAGACACCAAGAUGUGUAGGUCCUACAAAUAAUGUUGUCUUGCAAAUCUUGACUGAAAAUGUUGUCAACAAUUUUCUUAGUACUGCAUUUAAUUGAAUACUAUUGCUAAUAAUAAUAUUUGCCUUUGUCCUACAAAUAAAGUUGCCUCAAUUUUAUA